AUGGGGUUACAAAUGCGCCCAGCCAUGGCGCGCAGCUUAGAUAUGCGUCCCACCGUGAACGAUCUUCAGGAGGAGAAUCAAUGGGUGGCUUUAGCGAGAGGUCACUGGCUUAAAUCGUCCAAACCGCGCAAGGUCAGGCCUGAGACUAUCAAGAGUGACAUUUGGGACCCUUUGGUAUCAGAAGGCUUUUCGCUUCAUUCACUGCUUCUGCUGGAAAACCUCCAUAUUUUAGAGAAAUAUUUAUGGCCUACCUAUUCGGAGGACGCCUCGAAUUACCAUGUCCUGUUGAUUGCCGUGAUUGUGGGCAUCAAGCAAAGGGAACAUCUGCCAAUAUGGGAACACUUUUCCGACCGACCGGACGAUUUUUCGAAUCUCUUCCGCCGUAUCCUUUCUAUGAAUCUUGACUCUACGCUCUCUACCACAUCCCGCAUCUAUCUUCUUUCGUUCGUCAUUAGCGCCUUUCAAUCAUUAGAGAACCCCCGAGUUCGUAAAGAAUGCGCACCCCUCGUCUCCAUCUCUAUUUGGCACAACCUCUUCAGCGUCGAAUCUUGCAAUAAUCAGCUUGAACAAUCCGCAGCUCUGAAACGGGCAUGGCGCGUGUCGACCAAACGAUAUGAUAUGGCGGACGAUGGUGGAAAGGCGCGAAUCCGGUUUGAGAGAUCUUGGCUAUACUCCAUGCUCUUGGACUUCUUGCAGCGGUUGAAAUCACUUGAGGAAGGGAACGACGAUAGCAUGAGAUACUGCGAACGCUUCAUGGAGCUUCUUGUCGACCUAGAAAGUCAACUACCCACGCGGCGCUACGUAAAUACUUUGUUAAAGGAUCUACAUAUCCUACCGAUCCUCCAUAACUCAGCAGUCCUCAAAACUGGAACAGGCUUGCUGCUGCGUGAUUUCUACAACCUUCUCAGACACUUCAUUGAAUUUUCUAUAGAUGAUCAGUCUGGCCAACAGCUUUCUCCCCAAGAGUCCUACGAUAUCCACUGCCAACGGCUUGCUCGGCUUCAAAGAGUUGCGAUCAAACAAUUCAAAAGCAAGUUGACUCUUCUUGCACUCGCCAAUUACGGCUCUAUUGAAAAACGCUCUGAGUUAGAGGCGCAUCUAUCGGAUCUGGACGAUGCACAAUUGGAAAGUUUGUGUUCUGCUUUAGGAUUUAGGACAAAAUAUCCAGAGCAGACUGGCAUCCAGGCGGACCGCAAGUUAUUACUCGAAAUCAUCGUGUCCGCCUUCGAACGUCGGGCAUCAUUUCAAAAAGUUGCAUCCGAUCUAUCUGUUUUGCCGACCGAAAAAUCACUGUAUGAACCGGCAUUGCUUCGGAACGAAGUGUACGAUGGUUCCCGACCGUUGGCGGUUCCAAAGUUAAACCUACAAUAUUUGAGCGUAGGCGACUUUUUAUGGCGCUCGCUUUUGCUUUACCGAGCAGAGUCGUUUUUCGAGAUUAAAGCCGACCUAGAAUCGGUUGUGAAACGGAUGGCGCCACGCAUUAGUCGAGAAACCAAGCAGACAACAUUCGAGGGCUUCUCACGGAUGGCUAUUCCAAUUUCCAAGCCCGCCAUCAUAGAGGUAGCACCAGCGAAAAUAGGAAGCGCAAGCCCAGCUCACGUUCGUGCUGAAAUCUUAUUAGAUGUUAGCCGGCUGACUGACAAUAUUCGUCGAGAAUGGGAGACGCUUCGACCGGACGAUGUGAUAUUCCUGCUAGCAGUCGGCGCCACAAGCCCCAUCUCUACCCUGUCAUUUAAUUCCACCAAUAAACCUGAGGAUAUUGGAAUAUUGCACGUUCGCUGUGCAGAAAUAGUACAAAUCCUCGAUGCAAACGGUCGUAUGAUCCGCGAGCCUCAAAAUGUUCAACAAAAUGGUCAUUUCCGACAGCGACCUAAUCAGCGAAGGCUACUCGUCAAUUUGGAUGCUAGAACUUACAAGGCAGAUUUAGACGCACGCGGAAAGGACCAACCCGAUAUCUAUUCAUCAAUAAACGUGAUCGUCCGCCGGAAAGGCCGUGAAAAUAAUUUUAAGCCGAUUCUUGAAACAGUCCAGGCUCUAACAACCGCGGACACAAAACUUCCGUCAUGGCUACAGGAAGUUUUCCUAGGAUAUGGAGAUCCACGCAGCGCUACCUACCCCAACUUAGGGACCAAAGUGAAGUCUAUUGAUUAUAGAGACACUUUUCUGGAUUGGGAUCAUCUUGUUGAAAGUUUUCCGGAUCGCUCCAUUGAACCGGAAGCAGGCAGAAAUGCUGGUUUUGGGCGGCCAUUUGUGUUGGAAAUGGACGACAAUCAAUCCAAGGGGGAAACGCUGAAUCCAUCCAGGAAAAGGAGACGUGAUCCCGAUGAAACCGUGCCGCCUUCAAAAAGUUCAAUACGUGUUUCUACAUAUAAACCCGUCAACCGGGGACCUUAUAUUGUAGACACGCCGAAAAUGAACCAAAUACGGUUCACGCCCGCCCAAGUCAAUGCCAUUGUUUCUGGCACCCAGCCAGGUUUAACCAUAAUUGUUGGGCCUCCAGGCACAGGAAAGACUGAUGUUGCGACUCAAAUUAUUAGCAACAUAUAUCAUAAUUUCCCCAAUGAGCGGACAUUAUUAGUAGCUCAUAGCAAUCAAGCCCUCAACCAAUUGUUCCAGAAGAUCAUUGCGUUGGAUAUUGACGAACGACACCUUCUCCGCCUUGGGCAUGGGGAAGAGGAACUCGAAACUGAAGCUAGUUAUAGCAAAUUCGGCAGAGUGGAGUCGUUUCUAGAAAAUAGGUCCGGAUAUCUUUCUGAAAUUGAUCGCCUGGCGGCGUCAAUUGGGGCAGAAGGGGCGCAUGGAAACUCAUGUGAAACGGCGGGAUACUUUAAUACCGUACACAUCCAGCCGGCUUGGACGAAAUUCUGGGAUACCGCGCGAUUGGAAGAGUCAUCGUGCGAAAGCAUAGUUCAAGCUUUCCCUUUUCACUCAUUCUUCGCGAACGCUCCUCAACCCCUUUUCAAGCCAGAGGCGUCAAAGGAAGAAGUUUGUGAUAUCGCCGCUGGCUGUCAACGCCAUCUCGACAAAAUAUUCUCUGAACUAGAAGAUAUUCGUCCUUUCGAGAUAUUACGGCAGCAACGAGACAGGGCGAACUACCUUUUGGUCAAAGAAGCUAGAAUUAUAGCGAUGACUUCAACCCAUGCCGCAAUGAGACGCCAGGAGAUAGCCAACCUUGGGUUCCAUUACGAUAACGUUAUCAUGGAAGAAGCUGCCCAGGUUACCGAAAUUGAAAGUGUGAUUCCCUGCGCUCUUCAAAAUACCAUAAAUGGUGAGUUACCACUGAAACGGGUGGUGCUAUGCGGUGACCAUCUCCAAAAUUCUCCGAUUGUCCAGAACAUAGCAUUCCGCCAAUAUGCGAAUUUCGAACAGACCCUCUUCCUUCGGCUGGUUAGAUUAGGCGUGCCAACAAUCACCCUAGACCAACAAGGUCGGGCACGUCCAUCUAUUGCCGAAUUAUUCAAAUGGAGAUACGAAAGACUAGGCAACCUCCCCACUGUCGAGAAUGGAGAAGAGUUUAAGAUUGCCAAUGCAGGAUUCCGAUACGAUUACCAAUUCAUCAACGUACCGAAUUAUCAAGGGACUGGCGAGAGGGAGCCAUCUCCACAUUUUAUCCAAAAUCUGGGUGAAGCUGAAUACGCUGUCGCCUUAUUCCAAUAUAUGCGUUUACUAGGCUACUCCGCUUCGAAAAUUUCCAUUCUCACAACGUAUGCUGGCCAGAGAGCUUUGAUCAAGGAUGUUCUGAAUCACAGAUGUGCAAAAAAUUCCCUCUUCGGGCUCCCUAGGAUAGUCACAACCGUCGAUAAGUAUCAAGGAGAGCAAAAUGAUUAUAUAAUUUUGUCUCUCACCCGAACGAAAACAGUGGGAUAUCUUCGAGAUGUCCGACGUCUAACUGUUGCUCUUUCUCGUGCGCGCUUGGGGUUGUAUAUCUUAGGUCGACGUGAAGUAUUCGAGUCAUGUUUUGAACUAAAACCCGCAUUUGAUAUUCUUGCCCAGCGCCCAGAUAAGCUCAUGCUGGUUCCAGGGGAAUUGUUCCCCACCUCUAGAGCCCUUGACGAAGAUGUCAGUGGUACACCUAUGGAAAGCAUAGAGCACAUAGGGCAGUAUGUAUAUGAAAUGACGCAGGCAAAGAUCAAGGCCAUGGGGGACGAAAUGACCGCUUUGGAUGCGACUCCUAUGGACGAAGAUGAGGAGCUCGGUGGAAUUGAAGAGGAGGCAUUCGAUGACGCUGCGCGAGAAAGUCUUCUGGACUGA